AUGAAUAAUAGCAUGCCAACAAGUGUAAGCCAAGAUCGGAGUUGUGCAAAUUCUACUCAGUCCACAAUCAACCAAAGGCAGCAGCAGAUUAUUCAAGUCACACAUGGUAGAACUCAAAAAAGGCAACAUGAUACGACUUUGCUGAGUUCAAACACUACCCCACAAGAUGAAGAUUUAAUGUCGGAGCAAGAUGGAUCAAGAAAGGAAAAGAGCAAGCCAAGGGUAAGGGCUACAACUAUUGAUGAAUUUUUAAAAGAAAAUAGGAUAGAUGUAGAAAUUGACGGACUAAGCUCUGAACUAAGUGAUGAUGUGGGAGAUAGCUUUCCACUUGAUGAAAAUUAUUAUUCACAUGUGAUGGAGGACAUUGAUGAUGACGAAGGAACAAUUGGUAGAAAUAAAAGAUUUGUGAGUCUUUUGUACACUAGCUGGCAUGCUGUAACUCCUAAAGCUAAGAAAUUCAUGUGGAACUAUGUUAAUGAAGGUGCGUAUAACACUGUUGAUAUCAUACAGACCAAGUUUAUCCUCCCAGAUAGUGGAGAAAAGUGGGUGAUCCAAGCAAUUCGGGAUGCUUGGAAGCGGUUCAAGGGAAAGAUUAAGCAGAAGCACUUUGUUCCCUUUGAUACCAUCGAAGAUAUGUCAAUAAGUGAAAAAAACAAGAAACAUAAAGAACAGCAAAAGUUUCCACAUCGCAUGGGGCCAAUCAAUUUUGGAAGAGUACGAGUGGCUCUGCGCGCGACAAAGGAAACAAAUGAGGAACCAAAAAGGUUUGAAAUGUUCCUUGCUACUCGAACAAGUCAGAAAAGGAAGGAAGUUGAUCAGGAAACACAAGAUGCAAUUGAUGAAUUUCAAAACCGGCAAGCUGCUGGUGAAAUAGAUGAGGAAUCUUUUAAGUCUUUAUUUGGAAAAGAACAACCAGGUCGGGUUAGGUGCUAUGGAAGAUCUAUUACACGACGUGACUUAAAAAAGCAUGCAGAAAUUUCUGAACUCAAGCAACAACACCAGGAGGAAGUCACAUCUUUGAAGGCUGAACUUGGAGACAUGAAGGCCAAACAGCAGCACCAAGAGGCUGACCUUUAUGGAUUGCGAAACAUGAUUAAGUUACUAGUUCAGCGAUCUGAACCUGGAAUGAGGCCGGAAGAAAUUGAAGCUUUGUUACAAGAUGCCCAACACUCUCCAAUUGAUGCAAAUAGCGCUCAUGGAUCAACACAUAUUCCAAACAUAAAUAUGGAUAAUUCUGAAUAUGCAAAUGAAGAUUGA